AUAUCGCAAGAAGUUUACCGUUUAAUAGUAAAUAAUUUGCUUGUUUCUCUAGUAUUAACAAUGUCCGAAGCAGAUGAUAUUUUUGCGGAAAAUUCUUCAGGCGAUGUAUACCUUUCGAGUGAAAGUUUAGAUGCGCCUCAGGAGUCUAUUGUAAUUGAAGAAACGGAAACUGAGGAAGAAUGGGAGGAAGAGGAUAGCGAAACCAGGCAAGCUCGGGAACGGAUUAAAAAACGUCAGAGUCGUCGAAUGUCUUUCCAUCCGAAGCAUAGUAGCUCUUCGAGUGACAGUGACGACGACGAAGAUGAGGAAAUCAAGCGUUAUCGCAAACUGGGACAGGUAUCGAUUGCCAGUGAUGACUCUACUAGCGGGGAAGAGUUAGCUGUGGAAAGUAGAGCAUUGUCGCCGGCGACACGGUUAAGUAUUAGCGGGAUUCGACCGGAUGAUUUGAGCUCCGAUGAAGACGAAAUAAUAGUGGCGAAGAAACCAGCUCGUCGUAAUGUAUUGAUGUCGGACGAUGAGGAUGAGCCUGAAUCUGCUGAAUCCGAGGACGAACUGGUGGCGAAAGAUAAUGAGCAUGACUCUUUUGACGAUAGUCUUCCUAUGCAUAGCUACAAUGCCGAAUCCAACAAGCGUGAUUCUAUAAGCACAAAACUGUCGUCGACUGCAGUUUCAGAAGAUACCGAUGAAAUCCAUGAAAGGUCCGUUGGUAAGCGUUUGUCUAGUAGUAUACGGCAGUCAAUCGGUACUAAAUUAUCAUCAACAGUAGCUGAAGAAAAGGAAGAGGUUUCUGAAUAUCAAGAUCGAAGCAAUUCACCCAGCAACUCACCUAGUUUAGUUGAAAUUCAGAAAUCAAAUGAGGUCUUACUGGUUUCCAGCGAUGAUGAAGAUAACGCUAAAGUAGACAAGCCUGCGCUGUUACAGCCGACAAUCAAAUCUAUUUUUACAACAAAACAAGUUUCUCAAAGUUUCUACGAUAGCAAGAUGCGUAAACUAGCCGACAUGAAAGCCACUCUGGUAUCGAUGGAAAAGUUAACCAGAGUCAGCAAUGAUCUACCCGAUAAAGGGGUUGCUCUCUUUAAAAGAAUGAACGCUCUAAAGCAGGAGAUAAACACAUUGAAAAAAGAAAUUGAUCGAAUGAAGGUAAACGAGUCGACUAGCAUUCGGAGUGAAAUUCAAAAAAGUUUUGAAAGUUCAAUCGAUACGAGCCGAAAUAAUUCCUUAGCUAGCAGCGAUGCCUCCGUUCAGCCAAUAAGCGAUCAUUCAAAAACGAGUAACAUUUCUUGGCAAGAUAUUGCAAAGGCCGCGGAUCAAAUCCAACCGAAGUAUACUGGCAAGCAGGGGAUGGCCACUUUUGAAACGCAAAAAACUUUGACUAUGGACCGGUUAGCUACGCUGCAUAAAUCGAUUGAGACUUGCCCUAGUGAGGACACUCUGGCAGAACCACCGAAAUUAUUGCGGAUUGAUCUAAUGAACCAUCAGCUGCAUGCACUGGCUUGGAUGCUCUGGAGAGAAAGCCAAAAGCCACGUGGUGGCAUACUGGCUGAUGAUAUGGGCUUGGGAAAAACGUUGAGUAUGAUUUCGUUGAUUUUAAGGACGGUAGAGCUCGAUGAUCAGAACCAAGAGACACAAGAUGAUAGCGAUUCUUCGGCAGAAGACGGUGACGGUGCUGGCUGGAAGGCAAAAGGCCGGCAAGAUUAUUAUGCCGGGGGAACUUUAAUCGUGUGUCCAGCUUCGCUUAUCAGACAGUGGGAAGGCGAAAUAACUAAUCGAGUGGCAAGAAACAGUUUAGCCGUGUGCGUUUAUCAUGGCACGAACCGAGAUGUGAAACCAAGACAUCUUGCCAAGUACGACGUUGUAAUCACAACGUACAAUAUAGUUUCGCGGGAAUUGAAACUAAGCCGAAGUGGAAUUUUCGGAGUAAAAUGGGAUCGACUUAUUUUGGACGAAGCACAUGUAAUUCGAAACCACAAAAGUGCAAUGUCUAUUGCAUGCUGUCAGCUAAAAGGUCGCUUCCGAUGGGCUCUUACAGGGACUCCUAUUCAGAACAAAGAAAUGGACAUGUACGCUUUGAUGAAGUUUCUGCGUUGUACUCCGUUUGAUGAUUUGAAUCACUGGAAGAAGUGGAUAGACAACAAGAGCGCCGGAGGAAUGGUUCGGCUCAAUACGAUAAUGAAAUCUAUAAUGCUCCGCAGAACCAAGCAGCAGUUAAACGAAAAAGGUGCUUUGCAGGGUCUUCCGGAUAAAAACAUUGAACUGAUAGAAGUGAGACUUGAUACGGACGAAAUGAAUGUAUAUCAGAAAGUUUUACUCUACUCGCGAACACUUUUCGCCCAAUUUCUGCACCAGCGUGCUGAGAAAAUACACGAUGACUAUUAUGACCAUUCAAGCCGACCGACGUUCGCACAAACUCGUCAGCCAAACGCCGCUUUUGACCGUGUGCAUCAGAAACUGCGACAGUUGCAUACCAAAGAUGAGGUUAAGCAACAUCAAAUUCUGGUUCUAUUACUUCGGUUGCGACAGAUCUGCUGUCAUCCAGGUUUAAUACAGCAGAUGUUGGAGGACGAUGAAGGAAAUUUUGACAUCAGUGCAGAGGAAGAUGAGUCGCCAGAACUUGAUUUGCUCGCACAGCUGAACAAGCUUAAAUUAACGGAUACAUCGGCUAGUGCUACGGUAAACAGCAGUACUGAGGAAGGACAAAAGGAGCUCAACAUUAGCGAUCAGCUGCCUGGAGAUACGGAUGCAAUCACGAAGGCAUCGUCCAAGGUAAUGCUCCGUUCGAAUCCGGUUUUCGAUUUGGCCCGGCUUAGUUCGAAGAUCGCUAAAGUGCUCGAUCUGUUGGAGGAGAAAAUUCUAUCCGGCAACGAUAAGGCGGUUGUUGUGUCACAGUGGAGUAGCGUGCUGGACAUUGUCGCUCAGCAUCUGAGUACCAAAGGUGUUCGCUUUGUGUCUCUGACCGGUAAGGUGCCGGUAAAGUUUCGGAACGACAUUGUGGUAGAAUUCAACAAGCAGGACUCGGGUCCAAAGAUUAUGCUGCUAUCACUAACCGCCGGUGGCGUCGGUUUGAACCUCGUAGGAGCCAAUCAUUUAUUUUUACUGGAUCUACAUUGGAAUCCUCAGCUGGAAUCGCAGGCACAGGAUCGUGUCUACCGAGUAGGCCAGAAAAAGCCGGUUUAUAUCUGGAAAUUUAUGUGUAUGGACACCGUGGAGCAAGCAAUUCGAGUACUGCAGGAAAAGAAACUGGGUAUUGCCAACGAGGUGCUCACUGGAACAAAGCAGACCAGCAGCAAGCUGACUAUCGACGAUCUGAAGACUCUGUUUGGUUUGUAAGCUAUCAACAAGAAGCGAAGGAGUCCAUUUCGGUUGGAUGCACUGUGAUAUC